CGCAACAAGCUGACAUAAAGACGUAGGCGGGGUUUACGCUGGCUCAUCCAAUCACGGCAGCUUGUCCGAGGCGCCCACCAAAACAGUUCAAUUUCAAAUUCAAACGGCUGGAGACGGUGGAUUGGAGAGAUCUGGGGAAAUUCAACUUUACUUGAGCUUCAACAGAACAUGUCCCGCUUGCCAGUUAUGUCAAGCAAGAGGGUCCUUACAAGCAGCAGCAGCAGCUCGGAGAAUGGCCAAGACUUUGCUCCUGCUCAGAAGAGGACUCGUAAGGACCCAGAGCCUGUCAAACCACAUGCAGCAGCUACAAUCAUCGGUGGCAGGCGGGCUCCUCUUGCAGCAACCAGGGCCCCUGUUUCUAAGUCCGUCAGAGGUGCAGGAGCUGCCACCGUGGCUGUUGGUCCUUCCAGAGGUGUCCUGAAACCAUCUAUAGCCUCAACAGCAGCAAAGGGGGGCAACAUGAAACAAACGGUUGCAUCCACUGACACAAAAGCAGGUGGGGGUGGGACCACCAGGCGGCAUGCAUGGGACCUGAAGGGCAAGGUCAAUGACAUGGAGGGUAAGAUCCGUAACUACCAGACCAAGGUCAAAUCUGUCAACCAGGAGAAUGAGGUUCUGAGAGACUCGGUGGUCCAGAGCCAAACGAGAGUGGCUGAAAUGCAGAAAGACCUUCAGAGGCAGAGGAGCCAGAUCAGUGAGUAUGAGGAGGAGCUGCAGGCAUUGUCAGGAGUCCGGGAUGAGUUGGAGAAAGUCUCAAGUGAUAAGAGCACUCUUCAAAAGGAGCUGUCCAACUUAGAGGGCAAAUACAAGGUCAUGGAGACUCUCCGAGACAGCCAAGAGACAGAGCUGCAAACUCUCAAGAUGAAGCUUUCAGUGCAGGAGUCAACUCUGGCCCGCCUGCAAGUGACCGUCAGAGAGAAAGAGGAAGAAGUCCGCUCUCUCAAAGAGACUGUGGCCCAGCAGAAAGAUGAGCUCUAUGCCAGGGAGAUGGAGCGCAGACGGCUCCACAAUACCAUCCAGGAGCUCAAGGGCAAUAUCAGGGUCUUCUGCAGAGUGCGCCCACUAGCAGAUGGAGGCCUCAGCAAGCACAUCCAGCUCCCGGCCAGUGACAUGAAAAUGAUAACACUGGCCAAAACAGAGGAGUCUCACACAGGCAAAACUGCAGACACUCAAAAGAAUUACAACUUCAGUUUUGACCGGGUGUUUGGCCCCCAGGCUUCACAACAGGAGGUCUUUGAAGAGAUCUCGCUGCUGGUGCAGUCAGCAUUGGAUGGCUACAAUGUCUGCUGUUUCGCCUAUGGGCAGACAGGAAGUGGAAAGACUUACACCAUGGAGGGAGACGAGUUUGAUGCAACCAGAGGUGUCAUUCCCAGAGCCGUGCUGCAGAUCUUCAGAGCAGCAGAGAAACUGGGAGCAGAAGGCUGGGAGUUCACCUUCACAGCGAGCUUUGUUGAAAUUUACAAUGAGACCCUACGAGACCUCCUCUACACCGGCAAAGCCAGCAAGAGGCCCGAGCAUGAGAUCCGAAAGUCGACCAACAAUGAGGUGACAAUCACCAACCUCACCUACGAAAAGGUCUCCAACGAGGAUCAGGUUCUCGGUCUGAUUGCGCUGGCCAAUCAGAAUCGCUCCACGGCCCAGACGGCCCAGAAUGACCGAUCCUCUCGCUCCCAUUCAGUCUUCCAGCUGGAUAUCGAGGGAGCGAAUGCUGGCAGGGAUGUCAAAUGCAAAUCCACUCUGUGCCUGGUGGACUUGGCUGGCAGUGAGCGAAUGCUGAAGAGUCAGUCUCAGGGUGAGCGCUUCAAGGAGAUGACGGCCAUCAACGGCUCCCUGUCCAACCUGGGCAUCGUCAUCGCCGCACUGGCCAACAAGGAGAGCUACGUUCCAUACAGGAACUCCAAGCUUACCUACCUUCUGCAGGGCUGCUUGGGAGGAAACAGCAAAACCCUGAUGUUUGUGAACAUCGCCCCAGAGCCAGACAGCUUUGGGGAAACCCUCAACUCCUUGAGGUUUGCCAGCAAGGUGAACGACUGUGUGAUUGGGACCGCAAGUGCCAACAGGAAGUAGAGCGAAGUGCUUUAAAAGAUCUUAACUCUGUUCUUACUACUUUUACCAUUAUGGUCACAUGAAAUGUUCAGUGUAAUUGUUUUCCGUGUCUUUUACUUACACAUUGGCUCACACUAUGGUGCCACUCAGUAAGAACCAAAAAUCCUUCUGUAUAUUCUCUAGGCCUUGAUUAGUGAUCAGGCUUUUAAACAUUUGUAUACUGAUAUUUAAAUCAAGUGGAUGUGUACCCAUAUUUCUUGUCAGAUAAUUUUUUUUUAAUACAUUUAUGCCUCUCAAGGGUUUUUGACUGAUGAGGUAAUUCUCUUGUUGAGACAUUUAAUCUCCGUGGAUAUGUCAGAUUUUAGGAGGACCCAUAUUAUUCAGUUCUUCUCUUUUCUUUUCUUUUUUCAAUUGAAAUAUAACAUGUUACGUAUAACUUGCACAAUAAUUGCAAAUAAAUGCAGUGCAAUUAAACUGAUACUGUCAUUUUUGUUUUCUCGAUUUUUUUUUUUUUUUGGGUGAAGGGCGGCCAUUUUUAUGUUGUCAUUUUUCUAUCUGUAGUCUCUGACUCAACCUGGUGUGAUAAUAAAAACAUUCAGUAGAUGGGCUGCUUA